AGUUUGUGCAUCAACUCGACAGCUAUCAUCAUGGGAAAAGCUGCCAAGGCAAAGAAAGCCGCUAAGUUGACCCCUGACCAAAGAAGGGCCGCUGAGAUGGACGAGGAUGCUUUCCCCAACGACUUCGUUAUGGAUGGGGCUGGGAACAUGCUCAACCGAAGGGACGUUAUACAGGCCCUUAGUGAACGUGUUGAGGUUAUUGACGGCAAGGAUGCUACUUUCGUGAGUAAAGUGAGGCCCACUGGAGGUACAAGGGUAUUUGGGAAGAGCUCUGAAUGUAUCUUCACCAAUAUGGGCGACUUCCGGUCCACCCUGGGCUUUGGUUUUGUCCAGUGUCCUCAGACCACAGAAAGUGUCACACUUCGACUCAGACUGACGUCCCAGAUCAUUACGCUGGUGUAUGAUCCCGAUGAGGAAGAAGCCGCUACGGUCACUGAUGAGGUAUUGCCGACUAAGGAGGGCGAGCAGCCUCGAAAGCUCAAAUUCAGAGAGUACGCUUUCGAUGAUGUGGUCUCCUAUACUGGCGACCCUAGCAUCAGCCACGUUCGCCUCGUGAACUAUGCUGAUGUCCAAGUUCCCAAGCAAGAGGACAUUCACGAUGAGCUCCCCUACGUGGACGUCAGGCUGGGCACUGCGGGCCGACUCAUCUUUGUCCGCCCUGAUUUCACACAUACUAUGUGUACGAAGUUGUUGUUGUCGCAAAUAAAAAAGCAAGCCACUGAUACUGCCACGCUGGUGGCUGAGCAGGAGGCCAACGAGAAAAGGAGAGUAGAAAACAUCAGAGCUGGGUACGUCCCCCCGACCGGCCUAGAGGCCUAUUCUAUGUCCGUGCCAGAGGGAGGCAUCAAAUGCGAUGAUAAUGCACUUACAGUAGAAGGCCUGAACAUCUCCGCACCGCGGCAACAGUUGUUCGUGGACGCUAGUUUUAGGAUAGUACAGGGCCACAGAUAUGGUCUGCUUGGCCCUAAUGGUUAUGGUAAGACCACGUUGUUGAGGCAUAUCCAGCACGGGGCCAUUCCGGUGUCGGAAUCAUGGGAUGUGUUCCUGGUGGAACAAGAGGCUCAUGCCACGGACUCAAAGGUCAUUGACGAGGUCCUUAGUGCUGAUGCUACUACAGUGAAGUUGAUGAAGGCGGAGGAGGAUAUAAUGAAACAGUUGGACGAGGCGGCUGAUGACGAGGCUAAGGCCGCUGAUACUGAGAGCAUCCUCAAACUGCAGGAUCAGCUCGAGGAGAUCAUUAAAGACCUCUCUGCUCGGGAGGCUGAUAAGCAGGAGGCUAAGGUUAGGAAGAUCCUGGCUGGUCUUGGCUUCACCCCAGAAGACCAGGAGAAGCCAGUACGGCAGUUUUCGGGAGGUUGGCGUAUGCGAGUAUCACUAGCUAGGGCAUUGUUCAUGCAACCUAAGCUGCUGAUGUUGGAUGAACCUACCAACCAUUUGGAUCUUGAUGCGGUCUUGUGGUUGGACCACUACUUGGCUGAAGAGUAUCCCUUCACUGUCCUCGUCGUUAGCCACGAUGCAGACUUCCUGGACAGCGUCUGUACUGAUAUCAUCUCAGUGGAGAAUAAGAAGUUGUUGCAGUACCGUGGAGGCUACACUGACUUUCAAAGGAUGCACGAACAGCAGUUUGCUAAGCAAACUAAGGAGUGGGAUUUGCUCCAACGGCAGUUGAAGAACUGCAAGAGCAAGGCGGACCGCGAGGCUCUGUUGAAGAAGAAGGCUCAUAUCACCAAGCCGGUCGAAUACAGGGUUAAGUUUAACCUCAAGGGCCAGGGGCAAGAUGAUCGUCUCGGAGGGCUGGGGCUUCGGGAUGUGUCCUUCUCCUAUUCUGGGAAGACACCGUUCAUCCUGAACCAUGUCGAAUUCGGUGUUGAUUGCACCUCGAGGAUUGCAGUAGUUGGUGCUAACGGUUCGGGCAAGUCGACUUUCCUCAAACUUCUCACUUCUGAGCUGGAGCCUACUGAGGGCGAGAUCAUGGCCAACCACGGCCUUAGGGUGGAGCUCUUCUCCCAGCAUUUUGAGGAAAAGUUGGACCUUGCGCUCACUCCAGUGGAGCAAAUACUGCAAGUGGGACGAGGCCUCCCUGGUGCAGAAGCAGUGAAGACCCCCGAAAAGGCCCGUCAGAUCUUGGGUCGUUACGGCCUGCCGUCUGAGUCACACGUGAAACAUAUUGGUAAUCUGUCGGGUGGGCAGAAGGCUCGUGUAGCGUUCGCCCUCCUGGGCCUGCGAGCGCCUCAUCUUCUCAUUCUCGAUGAGCCUACGAAUCACUUGGAUAUCGAGACCGUGGAGGCUCUCAUUGACAGUUUGGAGGAAUACGAUGGGGGCGUGGUCGUGGUUUCCCAUGAUGCUAGGCUGAUCAAGAGCUUAGAUUGCGAGAUGUGGAUUUGUUCUGAUGGUACGGUAUGGCGAUUCGGCGGGAAUUUCGACAAGUACCGAAAUAGAGUAUUAGCUGAGGUUGAGGCUCGCGAGAGGAGAGUUGAACAGCAGAUGGAAGCGAAUAGGAAGUCUAAGCUGGAGAGGCAUGCGGCACGGUUGGGUCGGAAGAGGGCAGAAAGCGCUCAUAAGAAGGAGAAGAAAGAAAAGAAAAGUAAACGGAAGGAAAAGGAAGAGGCCGUUGUGGAGGAGGAAGAAGAGGAAGAGGAGGAGGACAGCGACUUGGACUUAGCAAUGUUUGCUGGGGGUAAGGCUCGACAGCAGGCCGCCGCUGAGGCUGAUGUUGAAUCCUCGGAUAGUGAGGAGGAUAGUGAUGAUGAUGAGGAUGCCUUCCUUGCUCAGUUCGCCAAGCAGAAUAAGAAGAAGGGCCGGCGAGCUCCUACCCCACCUCCUCCUGAGUCUGAUUCGGACGAUGAAGAGGACGAUGAAGAUGACGAUGAAGAUCCUUUCCUUGCACAAUUCGCCAAGAAGAACAAUAGUCGAGGAGGUCGAAAGGUUGCUACGGAUGACUCUGAUGAUGACGAGGACUCGGCCGCUGCCGUUGUUGAGUUCAAGCAUGAGGAGGUUGUCGAUGAUAAGCCUAGUAAGGGCAAGUCGAAGGGGCGUAGGAGGCGAUAA